UGGACCGGGGUUCUUGCUUUUACCCCCGCGAGAGACACACAAACUCACCGGACAAAUAAAGCGUCAAAGGACAAAACGCCGGGUUUCAACGGAAAGCGCCCGUCACCGCUGUUUACCACAGCGGCGCUCGCAAGUGUGAUCUUCUUCAUCCUCCUCCUCCUCUUCCUUUCUGUCAGCAUAUCUUGAAAAACAGAUGCCCUGCUCGGGAAGUUACGGACUAAGCACGGAUAAAUUCUCCAAGUCGUCUUAUCCAAUUUCCAAGAAGCGCUCUCACCCGAAGGAUUUCUUCCUCUAUGAGCCAACUCUUCACUGACCUCAAAAAGCAACUCUUCAGCCGCUCCAGUGAGGAAACCUCCCCCAACUCAGAUCAAGGCUUCUGAGAAAUGAGCUGCCAAUGAAAUAUCUUCAAAGUAAUCUCUCAUCUGGCCCGGAGGUCUUCUAGAGGGUUGGACCUCCUCGCCAUCAUGAAAGGCUUAGGGACCAACCGCAGCAGACACCUGUCUGAGUCCUGCGACCCUUCUGCAGACCACUCAGAGGCCCUCUUUACUCAGAAGACCAGCACGCUUCCUCGCAGCCCUUACUUGCUGAGUCCCACAAUGGACCACUAUGGCACCAUGGACCCCCACCUUUACCCUUCAACCAACCCAGGCUCCCUUCCACCAGACUGUAUGCUGCCCCUCAACAACCAGCUGUCCAACAGCAGUACCUUUCCUGGGAUUCACUACAACUCCUAUGACCAGUCUGACUUUUCUCCUCCUGGGGACAGUAUUGGAGGAAUAAGCACAGGGACCUUGGGGACUUCCAUGUCCAUGGGCAUGGGAACAGGAAUGGGCAUGGCAGGACUGAGUGGACGAACACCUAUGAUUACAAGUGGCUCGGCAACAAUAUCGCAUCAUAUGACCAAGAACCAGACACCACCCAGUCUGCUUGAAUUUGAUAAGCAGCUACCUGGUGGCCGUGAUGGAUUCAGCACAUUGCAGUUUCAUCGAACAUCUGCCGCCGCUGCUGCCAAGCAGCGUACAGACAGUCCCGGUCGUAUUCGUUACAUGCUGCACUCAGUGCAGAAGCUCUUUGCAAAGUCGCAGUCACUGGAGAGCCACAACAUGAAAGGGAACGUUAAUGGACGCUCUACUGGCAGUGGUGGCGGCUCGUCCAGCACAGAGGAUGGAGGGAAGCACAAUCGCAGGUCCAAAAGUAAAGAUCGGGGUACAAAAUCAGAAGCAACUGCCAAGCGACGGCCUCGGUCCAACAUGUCAGGCUACUGGAGCUCGGAUGAUCUGGAUAGCAGCGAUUUGAGCAGCUACCACAACACCAUGGCCAUGAUGACUCUGGGGCGUCCAUCUGGUCCUGACAGCCACGGGGGGCAGAACAGAUACAUCCACAGUGGCUAUAACACUAUCAGUUCCUCUAAAACCAGCAGUGACCUGAAGUAUCAGGCACUUAUGGGGCCAGGGGGAGGAGGAGGUAGUGGGUUAGGCGGACCAGGAAGUUUGGUGAUGAAUGAUAGUGACUAUAUGAAAGGAGGGUCUUGGUCUACAUUAACCAUGGGCCAGCCAAGACAGGUUAUCCAGAAGGGCUCAGCUACUCUGGACAGGUCCAUGCUCAAGUCCAAAUCCUGCCAACAAGAACUAACCUGCAACUACCUACAGGUUGGAAGAAGGGGUGAUUGGAGCAGCUCAUUAGGUCGCAGCGGGGGUGCCAAUGAAAUCCCAUGCCGGCGGAUGCGGAGUGGUAGCUAUGUGAAGGCCAUGGGAGACAUGGAAGACAGCGAUGACUCUGAGGGAAGUCCCAAACCCUCACCAAAAACUGCUGCUCGCCGCCAGAGCUACCUCAGGGCUACCCAGCAGUCUCUGAGUGACCAGUUUCCCCCACGCAACAGAACCCUGGAUUACACCUUGUUGCAAGGGGAGCUAGAUGCCCUGUGGUCUCCACUCCACAGUGUGUCCUCUCUGCACCAGCUGGGCAGGUCAAUGAGCAGCUGUCUUCCAUCUCUCAGAGAGAUCUCAAAUAAUCGCAGCCUAGACAACCUAGACUGUAUUGGGGGUAUGAGCUCAUCUUUGCCACCGUGGGAUGACGAUGACUUCAGCCAGGCUUGCAGCACCCUGAGCAGACGCAUGGGACAGCUACGAGACCUGGAAAGGAGUCAUCAUUAUGAAGACCGCAGCUCAGAUUCUACAUUUAGAGAUUCCCGUUCCCAUUCUCAGGACAACUCAGAGCCUCCAGAUCUACCCAUGCCAACGUGCUUCCGAUCCCGCAGCCACAGCUACUUGAGAGCAAUCCAGGCUGGCUGUUCUCAAGAUGAUGACAUGGCAUCCAUCGACUCAGGCUGCUCCCCACCUCCCAUUGAUACCACUGUUCGCACCUACAGCACCAGCACUGACGACCUUUCUGCACAAUGGAAGACAUGGAAAGAACAGUUUGGCUCUUACCUGAUAGCCACAGGCUUGGACAAAGAACCAAAGGAGAAACAACUUGCAAUUUUUCUGCAGCGUUAUGGGACAGACAGACCCCGCAUCCUACCCCCACGCACAGUCUCCACAUGCAUAACCACUUGUAAGAAAGCUGCUCCUCCACCAGUGCCGCCCCGUACAACCUCCAAGCCCUACAUCUCAGUGACCGUGCAGAGCAGCACAGAAUCGGCCCAGGACAACUACUUGGACCAGCAGGACAGGAGGUCAGAGGUCAACAGCCAGUCUAGCCACGCUCAAAGCAAUUCUUCUGACAGCCUUGACAGCACCCGUGCCAACAGCCUGGCCCGGGGUAUUCCCCGCCCUCCGCACAUCAUCCCCACUCCCAUUGCUACCCCAAGAGAACCAAUUGCCCCCACCACUGCAAAUGCUUCCACUGAGACAAGUGACUCAGUAGUCCAGCAUGAAUCCCUAAAAUUGGGAUUUAAUAAAGGAAAUCUUGCAGCAGAGGAGCCCCUAGUAGCCCCGGUGCCCAGGCGGAAACUUUCCUCCAUUGGCAUACAGGUCGAUUGCAUUCAGGAAGUUGCACGAGAAGAGACUCCGCCCCUGACCAGAUUUCAAUCAAUUGGAGUACAGGUGGAGGACGGGUGGCAGCCCAGUCACUCCAGUAGCAUGGCCUCAAAACAAGAAACAGACUCAAUCACACAGCACAUCCCUGUCAUCUCCCAUGUCACUAAUGCCAAACACACUGAAAAGAAAGUCAUGGUCAAUUGUGCCAGCCAGUCCAUGAGCUCCCCUCCUGGACAAGACUCUUUAGACGGCGCCGACCCCGCCGGAGACACCUCUUCACCUCCACCUCCCAGGCAGAUUCUCAACCGCUCCACCACAAGAAGCAGCUCUUCCUCUUUCUCAGAAAGUCUAGACCCAGCAUUGGACCCCUCUUCUCUUCCACCGCCAGACCCCUGGCUGGACAGUGGGAAUGCCAAUAACAGCAGUGUCCCUCAGAGUGGAGGAGGGGGAACGCUGUGUCGGAGGGACGGCCAGUGGUUCUUGAAGCUGCUGCAGGCCGAGACGGGACGCAUGGAAGGCUGGUGCCAGCAGAUGGAACAGGAAACCAAAGACAACCAGCUCUCAGAAGAGGUGCUGGGGAAGAUUCGCAGUGCGGUAGGAAGUGCCCAACUCCUGAUGUCUCAGAAGUUUCAGCAGUUCCGGGGACUGUGUGAACAAAACUUGAAUACAAAUGCUAACCCACGCCCUACAGCCCAGGACCUGGCUGGCUUUUGGGACCUGCUUCAACUCUCCAUUGAGGACAUCAGCCUCAAAUUUGAUGAGCUCUACCAUCUCAAGUCCAAUGACUGGCAGCCUGUGACAUCUGCAGCUGCCCAGUCAACCCCUGAGCGGAAGGGCGAGGAGAAGGUGGCCCCUCCAGCGUCAAAGAAGCCUGGUAAGGCACGACCACCACUGGGCCGCGAGAAGAGUGCCGACUCUUCAUCCAACUCUUCCUCGGCCUCGGCGGAAAAACAGCGACAAGAGGCUCGCAAGCGUCUGCUGGCUGCUAAGAAGGCUGCCUCAUUUCGCCAGAACUCGGCCACAGAGAGCGCAGACAGCAUCGAAAUUUACGUCCCUGAGGCCCAGACUCGUCUCUGAGAGAAACUGUGAGAGAGGACCGUUGGGUUGUAACAAAGGACAGAUAAGUGUCACUGAAACACCUGGAGAAAGGAGAGGAAGCGUUUGCAAUGUAAAUGAGCCAUCUCAGUAACGAUGGGUACCGGUGGAGGGAAAGGGGGGGAGAAGGCUUCCAGUGAACAGGGGCUGGUGGGUUUUGACACAUUCGUACAUUAAUAGGCUGGUCCUGGUGACUUCAAAGAAUAUUAAAUUAAACCGCAAAUGAAACAUUGGAUAUUCCCUGGACCCAACGGACUUUGAAGCAGGAAACUCCUCAUUUGAGUCUGCCAUUGAAAACCUCAGCUGAUGAACUUUGUCUUUUCUUGUUACUGUUCUUGAUAUUAAUGAAGGUAUUGUAAUAAUGAAAAUUAUAUCCUAAAGAAUCUAUAUGAAGACUGUUUUAAAUGUUCUUGUAUCUUGGCUAUAAGAUAUUUUAAGUAGACAGAAGAGCAAGCGUUAAUGCUUUUCUGUCUUCCAUCGUCCUGCUCGCUUCCCAGAUCAUUGGCCAUCUUGUAGCUUUGCACAACACCGCCUUGUGGCCAUCACAGACACUGCACACACACUACAGACUCGCAUAUGUGCGUCUUCCUCGUAUUUGUUUGUUUACUUUAUUCACCGUUUGAGUUAUAUAAAUUUCAGUUUAGGUCAGGAUAUUUUGAAUAGCUUUGCUAUAAUGAAACUGCAAGUCAGGUUUGAGUGGGGUAUCUAUACAGUUCCUAGCACUUACCUUUUGAAUACGAGCACAUCCCAGUAAUAAGAUAAAGCUUGAGGACAUUUUAGGAUAUGCACUAUCACUCAAAAGUUUGGGAUUAACUGUGAAAUGUUUUUGUGAGAGAAGCUCAUUUGUUUGAAUCUAAUUUAGCACUGACCUGCAGAAAUGCUGUAAAUGACAGUGAUGCAUUCAUAUGUCUGUCAUGCAGCGGCCCAUUAUCAGCAACCUUCACUCCUGUGUUCUAACUGCUUGUUAUGUCCCCUAAUGCAAGUUCAUCAUAUUAAAAGGAUAGUUAAUUUUAAGGAAACCUCUUUUAGUUAUGUUAGCAUAGCUGCUAAUACUCGUGCUGUUAAUAGAAGAAACACAUUUGGCUAGUUUAGUAGCUGGAGCUGUUGUUUCUGUUACCGUCUCAUUUUUACCAAAAAAAGUACUUUCCUCUGAAACAUGUCGAGGUAUUCUCACCUUCUAAAAAAAUAUAUAUAUCUAUUCAUACAAUGUUUUGUCCCACUGCCUGCUCAGAGAUGUGCAAACUGGCUCUGAACAGAAUAGAAAGAAUUGGGUGAGCUCAGCAGAUCAUUGAGCAAAGAGACAUAAAUCAAUGUUUUAGAAAGCCUUCAGUUGACAGCUUCAUUAAACGGUGCUGGUUUGUGAAAAGAAUAGUGCACACUGAUAGAUGACAUUUUCCAAAUGUAAUAGCUGCAAAAUCCUAGAGCAAAAACAGGCUGAUUUGUAUCAGAAAGUUCCUUCUUUUCUUUUCUUUUUUUCCAGGAGCAUUUUGAGACAACAAUAAAACCCAUAAAGGCCGAUUCAUCAGACCCUUAAAUAGCCAAUAUUUUAAUGAGCACUGCAGUUUUUAGAUGUUCUAACAUAAUCAAAGAGCAUAAAAAUACCAGGUUUGCUUCUUAUGUUAGCAAGUAGAGCGGUCACACAGUUUAUCUGAAAAGCACAACUCGACACUCUGCAUCUGAAGAUCCACGGUGUCACUUUUCUUCCCCCAUGUGAAACAUGCAGUUCUCAGCGAAAACAGUCAGGAGAAAAACAUCUAUUUAUAGUCAUAUUCUUAACCUAGCAGGGCUGUGACUGAUAUUUUUCACUAUAAUGUAAAGAUGUGGAAUAUGUCUGGAAAAAAAUAUCCCAAAUAUUAUUUCUAUAAUAUUUAUAUUCUAUAAUAAUUAUCUGAUGUAAUUAUGGACGAGUGUACGUCUGUCUAUAGUUAUAUCAGAAACACAGUGAAGGCUAUAAUUCUAUUAUUAUUAAUAAGUUACCUGAAUAUUUGGCAGAGGACAUUUUUCCUCUUGCGUUCUUUCUUUCUAAACUGACAGCUGUGUGUGAAGCACAGCACUUCAGUGAUGUAGCUGUCAUGCAUAGGUAGGUAUUGUGCCCUGAGCUGCACUCUUUUAACAAUAUAACAUGCAAUUGGUGAUGUAAUGUGGCACUCGAACACAGGAUUGGUGCUGUAAAUGGACCCUUGCACACCUUUUUAUAUAUAUUCCAAAAAUCAUAUAAUAUUUAAUGACUUCAUUAAUUCAUUAUUUUAAAACAUUUUUGCAAAAUUUCAUGUUAUACAGUACUUAAAAAUUUAUUAGACCGCCAACCAAUGUUAAGGUUUAUGCCACAGCUGCCCUAAAUUAACAUUAUUGGUACCAUCUUUCUGUAAUGGUUAAUCCACCAGUACGCUUAAACUCUUACAUUGAACAUAUUUUUAAUGUUAGAAUAUAAUUAUUGUUCCAUUUUCAAAUUUACGGUUUUACAAAAAAAAGCAGAAAAAAAUGGUAAAGCACAUGAUUUUUUUAAUUAUUACGAUACCAGAUUACAGUUAUUUUCUUGCAUUCCUGAACAGAAAAAUGAGUUUUAGUGGUUGAAGUUUAUGCUUGAUUCAUUUCUGACAGCGUGCCGGCUCCAAUUUGGGUAUAAAAACAUGAAUUCAGUUCAGUGAAUUCAAAAACUUUGAGAUUUAAACAAGUUUUUGUCAGAUUUCUAAAAUAUUUGGGGUUUUUUUUUUAUGACAGAUGAUGUAAUACAUUUUUAAGCACUGUAUAAACUAAUGCUUUAUUAUUUCAUAAGAAUGUGAAUAUUUCUAAAUUACCCCCAAACUUUUGAGGGGGAAUGUUCAUCCCUGAGAAUGCCAGUGGGAAUAAUACACAGAAUAUUUAUUCUUAUUGUUGGGAAAAACAUCUUUCACUCCUUUUUGUUUUCCUUUUUUUUCCCCACUACACUUGGAUUUUAUAUUUGUGCUGUAACUGCAGUUACAUAAAUAUUUGACAUCUUUAAGUGCUUCUGUUAACCUCCAUUUAGAAUUCAUGCAGCAGGCAGAGUGUGCAGGAGUUUCCAGGAGUGUUUUUGAUUUAUUUUGCUUCCCAUCUAAGUUCAUUGUUACCACCACCACCCCCCCCCCCCCAAAUUCUCAAGAGCACCUAAAAUACCUGCACUUUUUUUAAUUCAAAGAAAACUUUCUUAUUAAAGCAUUACAUGCAUUAGUCAUUGUGUUUUCAUCAUUUAUUCAGUUGCUUUUUUCUCCCCACUGAAGACCGCAUAAGCCAAAGAUGAAUUCACUGUUUUAAAUUCAUCUUGUGUUUAAAUGUCAGCUGCAAGUAACUCAACAGUCGACUGUGAAAAUAGAUGAAGUGCACUGUAGCCAUAGCAACAUAUACAUUAAAGAUUUUGAUAAGCCCAUGCUUGAACCGGCCAUCGCUUCUGGUCCGAGACUCUCCACUUGGUUCAUGAACUAAAAAGCUUCAUUUCUGAGGCCUGUAGGGCAACAGUGGUUGAAACUAAAUUGCUUGCAUUGCUGUCCUGUUUUGCAUGAAGGGGAACGCAUCUCGUUGAUGGCGCAUAUUCCUCCACUUUAGAUUUUUACACUGCAAGUAGCAUACCCAGCCAGAGAGUCACCCCUGACAUGCCUUAGAUCAACCGCUGUCGCUUGCCUUUCUUACACUCUCAGUUGGUAAGCAAACAAACCCCAACUGUCCUCUCCUAAUUACUUGCCACUGACCUUAGCAUUGCAAUUCCUGUUUCUCACAUGCUGUGAACCAGAAGUGCAUAAUUUGAAUUGGAAAUGCCCAGUAACUAGCACUUUUUACUCUUGAUUGCUCGCCAUUCUUUACCUGUUGUGCUUGCCUGCUGGGGAUGUCUAUCAGCCAGAAAAAUGGCACAGAGGUGUCAAAAGUUGGCUCCGUGAUGGCUGUCAGUACCCCCUUCUCCUUGAGUGGAGUGAAUAGGGCCAUUAACAUCUGAGACCUACAGUGUGACUCAUACUUGGUUGUUGGCUUGAUUUAAUUUCUGAGCGUCUGGAAGAACUCGUCUGACGAAAUGUUUUGCUAAAAUAAGCAUAGUUGUCUCUUUUAUGUGUAAACAGGGUGGCUUCUAGAUGACAGUGUCUUCACUCUGUGCGCCCACUGCCAUGAUUUACAAUACUUAAUAAUUAUGUAAUAGGUUACAUAAUUUCAUAUAUCAUUUUUCUCAUUUUCUCAAAUAUUUUUCCACAGAUUGCUUGCUUGCACAAAACUGUAGGACUUGAAUGCAGAUAAAACACAAAUGUGGCAUCGCCAAUGCACUAAAGGAAGGAGGGCAGAAACAGAGAAAGUUGUUCCAUGAUCAGCCUGCUGAUGUGUGUGUGUGUGUGUGUGUGUGUGUGUGUGUGUGUGUGUGUGUGUGUGUGUGUGUGUGUGUGUGUGUGUGUGUGUGUAAAGCCAAGACAUGUAAGUGGGGUACUUAAAAAGACAAAAGAAAGCUCAUCUCAUACAUUUAAACAAAGCCGUUCUUUAGCACACAAAUAAUCACUGAGGCACACCUAACUAUUUCCUGGUUUCUAGGUUUAUCAGUGAUGUACUCAGUGGCACUGUGGGGGGGUUGGGGGAGUGUUCCUGUAAAACUAUUGAUUUUUAUGGGUGAUAAUGAAUGUGGUUUUGUUGAGCACUAAACACAUGAUGGGUUUCAUAUCAGAGCAUAUGCUUGAUGAGCAGUCUUUUGUUUUUCUUUUUGUUUUUGGUCAAGUUUCAUUUUGGGAAGUCAGUUUUGAUACUUGUAUCCAGUUGCAUAUUUACAUGUGUUUCCUUCAAACGGUGUGAAUCUAGUGAAACUAACCCCAUGCAGCACUCUGAAGACAGGAAAAAAAGAGAAAGCUUAAAAAAAAAAAAAAAAAAAAGCUCUUUAGCAUCCCUUCCUUGUUUCUUUGAGUUUGGAAUAGAACUGGGAAAGGGGGUGAGGGGCACAGGCAAUACUCUUAAACACGAGAGAUAUGAUGUAGCAAAAAGUGUCUGUAAAAUACUAGAACAAAUAUUUUAUGAAGCAAGCACAUAUUUUAAAUCUGUUCAUUAAACUACUCUAUAGGCUGUGUGUAAUUUGAGGUUUGUGGGUUUAGUGAAACUGGUUGUACUGUCUGAGACAAAGUUGUGAGUGAGUGGAUGUGUUCAUAAAGUGAGAUUUUACCUAGAUUCUUGUCACUAUACUCUGGUAAUAUUUAAAGUAUAUGCGCAAUACUGAGUAAAAGGGUUGUUUGAUAUUAAGAUGAAACUAAUAAUCUUGCAUUCCCCCACCCCCUGCUUCUUUAAAAUGUCUUCUGUAAAUAAGAACACAGUCAGACUAAAAUCCCCAUCUUUUACAAUGCCAUAGAGCUGUUUAUACUAUUUCAAGGUUGUUCAGAUGUAUAAUGCAGAGACCUAAAAUUCAA